CUCACAGAGAGCAUUCAUGCUUGAAAAAGGAGCUUGAAAAAGGAGCUCUCUAUUACUUUGACCCUCAAUGCUGAUUUAGGACAGAGUUGAUCUUCACACUCUGAUCAUCUGAACUUUUGGAACUUUCAACCUUUUAGGCGUCAUGGAUAACGGUACGGACGACUACGAGUACAACUACAACUACGAUGGAGACCUCUCGAACAACUCCUGCGAGUAUGAUGAGCUGCAAGUGUCGUACACUCUCAUCCCCAUCCUCUACAUGCUCAUCUUCAUCCUGGGCCUCUCGGGGAACGGCGUGGUUAUCUUCAUCGUGUGGAAGGCGGAGCGCAAGCGCAGAGCGGCGGACGUCUAUAUCGGCAAUCUGGCUAUGGCGGACCUGACGUUUGUUGUGACCCUGCCUCUGUGGGCAGUGUACACGGCUCUGGGGUAUCAGUGGCCAUUUGGUGUGGUCCUGUGCAAGCUCAGCAGCUACGUAGUGAUGCUCAACAUGUUCGCCAGUGUCUUUUGCCUCACCUGCCUCAGCAUGGACAGGUACCUGGCCAUCGUGCGCUCUCUGAGCAGCUCGCAGCUCCGGACCCAUGGGCGAAUGAAGGUUUCCCUUUUUGCAAUUUGGGUUCUCUCAGGAGCACUGGCGUCCCCCACACUGCUCUUCCGCACCACAUUUUUGGACAAUACCACCAACCAGACCUCCUGCGCCAUGGAUUUCAGCCUUGUGUCGACCAAGGAGAACGAAAAAUUUUGGAUUGCUGGACUGGGCAUCUCCUCCACUGCGUUUGGGUUCCUGAUCCCGUUGCUGGCCAUGAUGGUGUGCUACGGCUUCAUUGGCUGUACCGUGACACGACACUUCAACAAGAACCUUGGCAAAGGGGACCAACGCAAGCGGCGCCUCCUGAAAAUAAUCACGACCCUCGUGGUCGUGUUCGCGGCCUGCUGGAUGCCCUUUCACCUUCUAAAGUCCAUGGAUGCCCUCUCCUACCUUGGAGUUGUGCCCGAAUCCUGCUCGCUGCUCAAUUUCCUGCUCUAUGCUCAUCCCUACGCCACCUGCCUCGCUUACCUCAACAGCUGCCUCAACCCAUUUCUCUACGCGUUCUUCGACCUGCGCUUCAGAUCUCAGUUUCUGUGCCUCCUGAACCUGAAGAAGGCGCUCCACUCCAGCCCGGCAAGUUCUCUUUCCUCACAGAAGACUGAGGCGCCAUCUCUAGCCACUAAGGUGUGAACAACAGAGAUUUUUUACGAGAGGAAGUCGUCUCAUUGAAGCCUUCGCAACUCGCCGGUAAAUCUACUGAUCUUGGAAAAGCAAAACCCCAAACUCUCGACUUGAUGUGUAUCGCACCAAAAGCUCUUUUUUUAUUGACUGCUCUUUUUUUUUUUUGGUGCGGUCUGAGUUCCCCUGAGGUUUUCGGGUUUGCAGUGCCAGGCUCUUUGGCAUUGCUUCCGGAGAUCAGAGCUCACGGACAGCUGCGUUCCAGACGUUCGCGUCGGGCGUCUCGUAGACCUCAUGUGGACUCUUUAGGGCGACUCAGGGCUGAUGGAGGAAGCCUAGUGGGUGGUCUGCACAACAAGAGACAUUUGCUCUCAACUUUGGCAAACAAUAUCCUCCAUAAUUGUAUCGCUUCAUUUUUUAAGCACUUGGACAUACAUAGAAAGGGUUGUCCCAGUGUCUCCUACUGAGCAAUUUACCUGUUGUCUUCAUUACUGGCGAUCAGACUAUUGGGUUCGGGGGGGCGGGGGUGUCAGCUGAGCAGAAGUGUUGCAACCUGAUUAAAGAGUGGUGUGUGUGUGUGUGUGUGUGUGUGUGUGUGUGUGUGUGUGUGUGUGUGUGUGUGUGUGUUUUGGGGGACUCCGAAUGCCAGAUGGCAGCUGACAAAUGCUGUUUGACGAGGGCGAGUUAAUAAGUGGCAGCUUUUACAAAUGACAGACUGCUGUAAAUGUGUGUGUGUGUGUGUGUGUGUGUGUGUGUGUGUGUGUGUGUGUGUGUGUGGACAUUAAUGGAAUGUAAUGGGUAGCUAAUUUUCAUGAAUUUCUCAUGUUUUUCAUGAACUGAUCAACCUGCUAUGACACUGCUAUGAAUUAAUCUGUAAAUAAAAUCUUUAUUCCACUGAAAA